AUGCGGCAGACCGAGUUACGUCCGGACCGAAAGUUGUUGAAAUCCAACUUUGAUGGGUACAAAGUGUCGCUCGAUACGAUUCCAGUGCUUCGCACUGAGCUGCCCACCCUACGCCAGGCACACAGGACGCAUCCAAACAAACACCAGUAUUCAUAUCAUCACGCCCGGCUUUUCGGUUUGCACAAUCAUCUCGUACGCGACCCAUGGAACUCUGGACACUGCUACUUCGUUGAUGUUGCCGGACUUGUUCAGCGCGUACAGUAUGAGCCCCGAUGUGGGCGCAUCAAACCACUGAGCCAUGUGUACAAGCUUUGUUUUCUUCUUACCGAUAAUGCUGCUGAAGACGCCGCAAGCCCGUACAACUGCUCGCUGGUAUUCAUCUCGGAGCGGAUCGGUUUGCUGGCCGAUGGGAAGGGAAUGAUACACGUGCUGGACACGGGAGACCGGACAACUGGGUCGAAGUGGAAAGCGGAAAGUGUCCUUCCGGAGCAAGGCGACACUUCGCACCUUCCGAUUGGAGGAAGUAUACUGCUUGAUGCACAACUUGCCUAUGCCGAUAACGGUCAACCGCAGAUCCACGCUAUCGCCUUGCAGGUGCAGCAGAACCUAGAGCAUUCGUUCGAACCGGUACUGUUUUGGUUUAGGCUCGAUCAACGGCAGGAGGGAUCGGUGGAGCCAACCCGACGUGGUGCGCAAUCCCAACUUCUACGUUACGGCAAACGCAAAGAGUGUUCUGGACGUCUCGAAGCUUUUCGGGCAAAUCGAUUCGAACACCACCAGCUGGACGUCGGAUCAACGAGCCCAGAAGAAAACGUGCCGGAGAGCGAGAGCCCGUGCCUAGAUGGAACAGUAGAAACAUCACGUGAUUCGCUUUCCAACAACCUCGCACCUAAUCUCGACACUCCGUUGGAGGAGUGCGAUUUUGGCGAAGCAGACGGGGAAGAGCAAUACUUUACCCUAGAGCGCAUCGCCCGUGACACAUGCCGUGUAACGAACCGCGUUUCUCUCGGUACCGGACCUCCCUUGUUUUCCGUUCGCAUGCGCCCCGCCGCACCGGAAGCCCUCGUACUACGCUAUGACGUUGACGCUUUGCUGUGGCAACCGCAGGCACCGCCAACCACCGGUUGGACGGUGGAAGGCGAUGAAUGGAAUCUGCUGCACGAGGGUACACUGCAAGCAUUCGGCUAUGUGCAAGCGUCUAAGCGGCGGCAAAAGUAUCUUGCUUGUGCACCGGACCUACGGUAUGCAGUCAUUUGUGAAUCCGAGCGGUUGCUGUUUAUCUACAGAAGUAGUCAUCACGGGAGCAGCCAGCUGCGGCAACGUAAUGGGCCACAAGUUUCGAUAGGACAGCAGCAUCUUGUUAGUCUGGAUGAUGGGAGCGAAAUUAUAGGCAUUUGCUGUGAAAACGAAGCAAUUCUAUUGUUGACCGAAAAAUCGUUUUUUACGGUGCAGCUAGAGAUCGAGGAGUGAGGAGGAUCGAGGAGUUGUCGGGGUCCCGCGCCAACCCAGGAGGAACCCAGGGCAGCUGCGUGAAAACGACGAGCGUCAAAGGCGGUUCAGCGGGGGGCCGAGGAGUGACACUAAUUUUCGCGCCGAAAUAAAACCUACACGACGUAGCAAAACAACAGCAACUACAUACAUUCAGUCUAUUUUAUUAAACUAAAUUUUAGGUUUCAUAUCACAAACUACUUAUCUAAAUUCAGUCUCCGAUGUUUAUUAGUGGAGGCCAAAACAAUCUUC